GUGUUGCCGGGUUGGACCACGCCCCCCGCAGGUUCCACUUCCGCCCAGGGAAGGCCUACUUCCCGUGGCCCUGCGGUAUGGCGGCACGGCAACCCCUGAGAGUGCUGUGCCUGGCGGGUUUCCGGCAGAGCGAGCGGGGCUUCCGUGAGAAGACUGGAGCGCUGAGGAAGGCGCUGCGGGGCCGCGCCGAGCUCGUGUGCCUCAGCGGGCCGCACCCGGUCCCAGAGGCAGCAGCUCCCGAGGGCGCCGGGCCAGACUCCGGGCCCGGUGCUCCGGAGGAGCAACCUCGAGGCUGGUGGUUUUCUGAACAGGAAGCAGAUGUUUUCUACGCGCUGGAAGAGCCUACAGCAUGCAGGGGUUUGGAGAAGGCCCUGGAAACUGUGGCACAGGCCCUGGACACGCUGGGACCUUUUGACGGACUCCUUGGCUUCAGCCAGGGGGCUGCACUAGCAGCUUUUGUGUGUGCCCUGGGUCAGGCAGGCGAUCUCCGCUUCCCCGUGCCGCGUUUUCUCAUACUUGUGUCGGGGUUCUGGCCCCGAGGCCUUGGCUUUAAGGAAUCCAUCCUGCAGAGCCCCUUGUCACUGCCUUCGCUUCAUGUUUUUGGGGACACUGAUCGCAUCAUCCCUCCUCAGGAGAGUAUGCAGUUGGCUAGCCAAUUCCUUGGCGCUGUCACCCUCACCCACUCUGGUGGUCACUUCAUUCCAGCAGCUGCGACCCAACGCCAAGCCUAUCUCAAAUUCUUGGACCAGUUUGCAGAGUGAAUCAACAUAUGUCUCUGAACUGCUCCCACUUGUCUAAUUCCCUCCUGUUCUUGACCUAGUGGGUCUCCACUGUGCCACUCUUCCUGUGGCUAGCUGAAAGGCACCCAUUCUCAGGACUCAUAUAAACCCUGCCCCCUUACUGGAGCAGAGGGGGAGCAGGCAGCCUUACACUUUCGUUUAUGGUAAACAUGAGAAGGCCAGAAAGCCCGUCCAGGAAAGUGAUGCACAAGCAGGGGCGGGCACCCCUGUGACUGCCAUACAAUAAAGUGAUGGUUUAGACAGUGA